AACAUGGUAGGCGAGUCCCGUUCUUUCAAAUGCCGAAAGCGUACAAUUGAAAAGUUUUGAUUGGAUUCACAUGAUGCCGGGCCACAAUUAUUUGUGGAAUUUAAUUGAAACUCGAUCUUUGUAAAUGAUCUUGUUCUUUCGGUGUUCUUUUUUGUUGCCGUUUCUUUUGCGGGGCGUACAGAGCGAGGAAAGCACCAGUGUUCGAUACAAAACUUGUUGUCUUCCGAGCAACUAGGUUUAAAUGUUUUGUGGCCCGACUACAUGCGUAUUACUGGCAGUCGCAAGUACGCAGCUGCUGAGCCUAACGUUCCGUGAACAUAAUGCUGUAGGAAGGAAGGGAAAUGGAAAACAAAAUUGGAUGUCUUUCAUUUGUCUGCCAAAAAGCACGAUGAAUGAACCAGGCACCACAUUUUACGUGUUAACCGCAUGUGCAUUCAUGUAAGAGUCCCUUGAAUGUGGUGUGAAUGAAGUUUGAUACGAAUGAUCCCAUAGCCGAAGACCAUUGCAGAGAGCAGGAGUUAGUUGCAGAUGAUCGUGAAACACAGUUGAAUAUUUCCCGUUGUUUGUUACAAUUGCAUGUAAAACAAACAUAGAAAACAUGUCUGCUGUGGUGUCUUCACAUGAUGCUACUGUAGCCCAGAUCUUUGGUGAUGACUGUGAAGACAUAGAAUUACUUGUCAGCUCAGGAAAGAGCAAGAAUAGCACACCUGAAGAAAAACAUCAGAGAAGUAAAGCAAAUGUGGUUAACGGUGCUGUCUCACCAUCAUUACCAGAACAGUUGGCUACUGAAGAGAACAUCUUUAAACUACAUGGGAUUGAUCUUCAAUUUCCUAUAGAAUGUGAUUUCUGUUUAGAGAAGUUUAUAGAAAUGGACUCCUUUGAAAGCCAUAUGGUUACAACAUAAGU